CUGAAUAUGUGUGCACAUUCACGUUGGAAAACAUCGUCUGUGGAGCUACGUUCAGACAGCGUGUAAAGCUGGAGGAACAUGAGAGAGUAUUCCAUAGAAUCCCUCACAAAGUUUGGCACUGUUUACAGUGUCCAGACAGGUCCUUUGGCAGUUUAGCUAAGCUGAACAAACAUACAAGAAACUGCCAUUCAGUUAGAUUUUUCUGCCCUGAAAGUGGAUGCAAUUUCAAUAGACCAGCCCAUUGUAAGAAUAAUAUUGAACGACACAUAGCCACCCAUAUGCGACCUUCCCAGGCACUUCCAUCACACACCAUUACCUCUAGGGAUUUGCCACCCACACCAACCACGCCCACAGCUAAUAUCCCUAGCUUAUUUGAUGUAGUAUUAAUGCCUCCCAGUACUAGUGAACCCAAGGUGACGUGGGUAAAUGAGCUUGACACCUUGGCUAGGGAUCCUUCCACCUCAUCUACCUUCAUGGAUGAAUCCCUAUUAGGUAUCAUACCAGAGGAUUUGUUUAAAGGCAUGGAAUGGGAUAACAUAGCUAGACUGUCCCCACUAAGGAGUGAUGUGUCAAGCGAUGGAACAGAAUACUACCAGCAUUCCCAAAUCCUGCCCCUCUCUCCUUCCCAAAGUUCACCUGAAAAGACAACUACCCCUCCCACCUCACCUCUAAAUGAAGGGUCUGGAUCCCAAGAGCAGGGUACUCCAGGCGCCAACAGUCAAAUCCUAUCUCCGCACACACCCAUGAAACCUUUCACCAUUCCCAAGAAGUCUAAAACUACAGGCACCUCUAAACAGAAAAACAAACCCCCUGUGAAGUCCAAACACAGAGGCACUUCAAAGUCCAAGGCUAAGUCUAAAGAAUCUUCAAAGAAGAAAUCAAAGGACUCCCUAAAACGUAAACUUUCCAAGAAGCCUCUACGUGCUAAAGUAAAAGCUAUGAAGAAGAAUUGGGAUACACUAUUGAAUGUUGAUGCUCUUGACGAAGAGCUAUGUCAGUCAAGUUCUAGUACAUCUUCAAAAUCUCCUAAAACACCCCCUAAGACCCCCUCGUGGAAAGUGCUCACACCAAAAGAGGACACUGAGACAGUUCUUAAUCCUGCCACUCCUGUCUCCCCAAUCAAGAUUGUGGUGUGCUCAAAAUCUGAGACUCCUGCCUCCAAGGCUCCAGCUACAAAUUCCAAUGUAGUGCAAGAGGAGAGCCAAACAGAACCCUUGAACUUAGUAUUGGACCUUUCCAUAAGAAGAACCGCCACGCCUACAACUUCAACCCAAAAACAGAAGACAUUGGAUUGUUGGUUAAAGCAAUAGACUAUACAACGACUUACAACAACAAAAAGAAACUAUGUAUAGCAUUUGCUCAUAUUCACAAACCAGUGAAACAUUAUCAGUGAUACCAUAUAUAUCUAUGAUAACCAGUGACUAACCAGUGACAAUAUUGGAUUAUAACAGUGCUACAUUGCUUACCUAUUAUAACACUAAUAGCAAUGAAUAAACUACAAGCAACAACAUCAACUUGCCAGGUGAUACUCCAACCAGAUUACAAGUGCAGCAGAACUACAAUGCAGUGACAAUAUACUUAUUAUGUUUAUCAAUGGUGCUACCACUAUAUAUAUAAGUAUAUAUUGAAAAUCUCAUAAACACUUAUUACAACCAGACUAAAAGUGCAAUAGAACUACAAUAAAUGACAUUAUGUUUAUUAGGUUUAUAAACAGUGCUAUCACUAUAAAAAAAGGUAUAUGUGAAAUACCUCAUGAACACUUAUUAAGUUAGAAAAUACAUUACAAAUAGUGUCAGAGUAACACAACUGUAUUGCGUGAUAUUAAAGUGCAAAGAUAAUGGAUAUUAUCAUUCUUUUUGUAUAUAUGUACAUAUGUUAAACUAUAUUAUAUUUUACAGAUAAUAGAUCUGAGUUGCUGAUUGUAUAAUGCUCAAUAAUUCCAGGAAGGUUCCUUUUAAUGCAUAAUCAAUAAUUUUCACUAGUCUCAGGAACCAAAUAGUAGAUGUUGU